CUUAAACUUUGAUGACGACCUUUCUCCAAAAUUUGAAACCAUUUAUUGACGGUUUACAUUGUCACCAACUAACCUUGCAAAUUACCUUCAGUAUGGCAGGCCAACCAAAAGAGAAAAAGCAGCAGUCUCUUACCAAUUUCUUUACUCCGAGGACUGUCAACGGUCUAACUGCAUCUGUCCGAAAGCCCCAGACUCAGGAUCCCGAUAGCCCCAAUAAUACCCCUGAUAGCUCCAGAAAGAGGCCACUCCGAGAAGACACCCAUAAUGGAAACGACACACCACUAAAGAAAAAGCCGAAAGCUGCUGAGGCAGAAAACGAAGAUGAAGAACUAGAGGACUCAGCUGCUAGAUCUCCUACCUUAGCUCGAAACAGACCAGGCGCCCGUACUGAACGAUACAUAUACAAUGGUUCCGACUCCCCAGAAGAUGCAGUUGAGGAGGAAAACGAGGAUGCCGCCGAAAAGCGAAGAAAGGAGGAAUUGCAUCGCAAAUUCGUUCAGAAGCUUGGACGCCCAGAUAGUCUAGCAUAUGGUAGACGGGGAAUUGGACAGCAAGAUGACGAAGCCCAGGCCGCAGCUGAGGAUGCAGAAGAUGGCGAAGAGGAAGAACCCGCGCCACCGCCUACAAAAGGCAAGAAAAAGGGGGGCAAGACAGGGAAACUCACACCAAUGGAGAUACAGUUCCUGGACAUCAAGAGAAAGCAUAUGGAUACCAUAUUGAUCGUUGAAGUGGGAUACAAAUUUAAAUUCUUUGGCGAAGACGCCCGUAUUGCUGCCAAGGAGCUCGGUAUAGUAUGCAUACCUGGCAAGCUCAGAUACGACGAACAUCCAUCCGAAGCCCAUCUUGAUAGGUUCGCAUCUGCUAGUAUUCCUGUGCACCGACUACCCGUGCACGCCAAGCGGCUGGUAGCGGCCGGCCACAAAGUUGGUGUAGUUCGCCAAAUAGAAACUGCAGCGUUGAAGAAAGCCGGUGAUAACCGCAAUGCACCCUUUAUAAGAAAACUCACCAACGUUUACACUAAAGGAACUUAUGUAGAUGAGAUUGGAGAGUUUGACACGAGUGAUAGUUCAGGAGCACCGGCAGGCGGGUACCUACUGUGCAUCACGGAGACGAAAGCCAAAGGCUGGGGCACUGAUGAGAAAGUUGACGUCGGUAUCAUUGCAGUACAACCUGCAACGGGCGAUAUCAUAUAUGACAAUUUUGAGGACGGCUUCAUGAGAAGCGAAAUCGAAACGAGGUUACUUCAUAUCUCACCCUGCGAGUUCCUCAUUGUCGGCGAACUCUCCAAAGCCACAGACAAACUCCUUCAACAUCUAUCGGGCAGCGCCACCAACGUCUUUGGCGACCGAAGUAGAAUCGAAAGAAUCCCCAAGUCCAAGACUAUCGCCGCUGAAGCUUACUCGCAUGUCGCCCAGUUUUAUUCCGCUAAACUAAAGGAAGCUUCUCAAGAUAAUAAUGAACAGGCCAGCGCGCUUCUUGACAAAGUCCUCAAGCUACCGGAGCCUGUCACCAUCUGCCUGUCUUCUAUGAUCAAUCACUUGAAAGAAUAUGGUCUUGAGCACAUAUUCGAUCUGACUAAAUAUUUCCAGUCGUUUAGUGCUCGCCAGCACAUGCUAAUCAAUGGCACAACCUUAGAAAGCCUAGAAGUCUAUCGCAACCAAACUGACCACACGGAAAAGGGUAGUCUCUUCUGGGCACUUGAUAAGACGUUGACUCGCUUCGGGCAGAGGCUCCUUCGCAAAUGGAUUGGCCGACCUCUUCUAGACAAGGAGCGGCUCGAGGAAAGGGUGGCUGCUGUCGAGGAAUUACUCGAGAAUGCCUCGACGGCCAAAGUAGACCAACUAGAGUCUUUACUCAAGAGCAUCAAGACGGAUCUCGAACGAAGCCUGAUUCGUAUUUACUAUGGGAAAUGUACUCGCCCUGAGCUCUUGGCAGUCCUUCAAACGUUACAAAAAAUAGCAUUGGAAUUCGCGCGGGUGAAGUCGCCCGAAGACUCGGGCUUCAAGGCAGAAGCUAUCGGCUCCGCGAUCUCCUCGCUGCCACUCAUCCUACCUACCGUCUUAUCGUACCUUGAUCGCAUCAACGCCGAGGCUGCGCGUCGGGACGAUAAAUACGCCUUCUUCCGCGAGAGCGAAGAAACCGACGCCAUCACCGAGCACAAGCUGGGCAUCGCGUCUGUGGAACAAGACCUAGACGCCCACCGCAAGGUAGCCGCUUCGACUCUCGGCAAGAAGUCUCCGGUUCCGUACGUCACCGUCGCCGGCAUCGAGUAUCUUAUUGAGGUACCGAACGGCGACCUCAGGCGCGUCCCCGCCUCCUGGAUGAAAAUCAGCGGCACGAAGAAGCUUUCGCGUUUCCACACCCCCGAGGUCGUUCGCCUCAUCUCGGAGCGCGACCAGCAUAAGGAGGCCCUGUCGGCCGCCUGCGACGCAGCGUUUACCUCUCUCCUCGAAGCCAUCGCGGCGGAUUACCAACCGCUCCGCGACGCUGUCUCCUCCCUCGCCACCCUCGACUGCCUCCUCUCCCUCUCCAAAGUCGCCGCCCUCCCAGGCUACUCCAAACCCACGUUCCUCCCACCCGACUCCCCCCCAACCAUCUCCAUCAGCGAAGGCCGGCACCCCAUCGCCGAGCAGACCCUAACCACGUCCUACAUCCCCUUCAGCACGACCCUGUCCUCCCCUUCUCCCCUCGCCCACCUGAUCACGGGCCCCAACAUGGGCGGGAAAUCCUCCUUCGUCCGCGCCGUCGCGCUCCUCGUGCUCCUGGCGCAGGUCGGGUCCUUCGUCCCGGCCUCCUCCCUCCGCCUCACCCUCGCCGACGCCAUAUACACCCGCAUGGGCGCCCGCGACAACCUCUUCGCCGGCGAGUCCACCUUCAUGGUCGAGGUCUCCGAGACCGCCCGCAUCCUCCGCGCCGCCACCCCGCGCUCCCUCGUCCUCCUCGACGAGCUCGGCCGCGGCACCAGCACCCACGACGGCGCCGCCAUCGCCCACGCCGUCCUCCACCACGUCGUCACCCAUACCCGCUGCCUCACCCUCUUCGUCACCCACUACCAGAACCUCGCCCGCGUCGCCGACGGCCUCCAGGGCCGCUGCAAGAACGUCCACAUGCGCUUCACCGCUACCAGGCGCCGCGCCGGCGGCCGUGAAGAAAAAGAACAAGGAGAAGAAGGAGAAGCCCGAGUUGACGGCGGCGACGAUGAGGACGACGAGGAUAUCACGUUCCUGUAUGAGGUGGGCGAGGGUAUGGCCCACAGGUCCUACGGCUUAAACGUAGCGAGAUUAGCUCGCAUUCCGAGGAAAGUGCUAGACGUAGCAGCAAGGAAAUCUAAAGAACUAGAGGAAACUAUCAAGAUACGUAGGUUAAACGGCGCGGUGAGGCUUCUUACUGAUGUAUUGGGGAAUGGGUCCGAGCAACUGGAUCAUCUUGUAUCCAGUAUUGAGCAGCUCUAGAGAACCGUAAACCAUACGUGCACUCAAAGGGUCUAUCAUUUCAUACUGGCAGAAUUCGCCGUAAUUUGUGUAAUAGAAAGUGUGCUAGUCUAAAUAACAGCUAUCACCUAAUGUACAACAAGUCUGUACUGAUAAUGAAUGAAUAUGUGAGUCCAUCGCCAAA